UUCUUAGUUCAGUCACUCGGUGCGCGAUGUGUUACUCACUGUGCGGCGGGGACCGCGACGAGCCCGGGUCGCCGUUGGCAGCAGCAGCAGCACCAGCCCCGGCGGCGGCGCGGACCCCGAGUACCCGGGCACACCCCGGCACCGCGGAGCGCGGCGCAGCGGCGGGACCGGUGCGGCCGCGCGCGCCUUAAGGCUCGGCCCCACGGCUCGGGGACCCCGACUCUCGGCCCAGCCAGCGAGUCCCCAGGCGCCGCCCGAGAGCCCAGGAGGAAGCGGCCGCGGGCAGCCGGGCCAGGGGGCGGCCACCGCCCGCGCUGGUCAUCCUCUGGGGCCCCGGAGCGCGGAGGGCGCUGCGCCACCGCGCGGUGCCGGCCCCCGCGGGCCUCCCCGAACCUUCUCCACCUCCUGGGCCCGAGGGACGCGGGCUCGGGCGGGCGAGCAGGGGGGGGAGGGAGCCGCUCCCGCCCGCGCCCCCUCCGCUCCCCCCAGCCCCUCCAAGCCCGGCCGGGCGGCGGGGCCUGAAUCGCCGGCGAUGGCGAGCCCGCCGCUGCACGGGCCCCCCGGGCCGGCGGGCGGCGACGGACCCAACCUCAACAACAACAACAACAACAACAACCACAGCGUGCGCAAGUGCGGCUACCUGCGCAAGCAGAAGCACGGCCACAAGCGCUUCUUCGUGCUGCGCGGGCCCGGCGCGGGCGGCGACGAGGCGACGGCGACAGCGGGUGGGGGGUCGGCGCCGCAGCCGCCGCGGCUCGAGUACUACGAGAGCGAGAAGAAGUGGCGGAGCAAGGCGGGCGCCCCGAAGCGGGUCAUCGCGCUCGACUGCUGCCUGAACAUCAACAAGCGCGCCGACGCCAAGCACAAGUACCUGAUCGCCCUCUACACCAAGGACGAGUACUUUGCCGUAGCGGCCGAGAACGAGCAGGAGCAGGAGGGCUGGUACCGCGCGCUCACCGACCUGGUCAGCGAGGGCCGCGCGAGCGCCGGCGACGCGCCCCCCGCCGCCGCCACCGCCGCGUCCUGCAGCGCCUCCCUGCCCGGCGCCCUGGGCGGCUCGGCCGGCGCCGCGGCGGCCGAUGACAGCUACGGGCUGGUGGCGCCCGCCACGGCCGCCUACCGCGAGGUGUGGCAGGUGAACCUGAAACCCAAGGGCCUGGGCCAGAGCAAGAACCUGACGGGCGUGUACCGCCUGUGCCUGUCGGCGCGCACCAUCGGCUUCGUGAAGCUCAACUGCGAGCAGCCGUCGGUGACCCUGCAGCUCAUGAACAUCCGCCGCUGCGGCCACUCGGACAGCUUCUUCUUCAUCGAGGUGGGCCGCUCGGCCGUCACGGGCCCGGGAGAGCUGUGGAUGCAGGCGGACGACUCGGUGGUGGCCCAGAACAUCCACGAGACCAUCCUGGAGGCCAUGAAGGCGCUCAAGGAGCUCUUCGAGUUCCGGCCGCGCAGCAAGAGCCAGUCGUCCGGCUCGUCAGCCACGCACCCCAUCAGCGUCCCCGGCGCGCGCCGCCACCACCACCUAGUCAACCUGCCACCCAGCCAGACUGGCCUGGUGCGCCGCUCGCGCACGGACAGCCUGGCCGCCACCCCGCCGGCGGCCAAGUGCAGCUCGUGCCGGGUUCGCACGGCCAGCGAGGGCGAUGGCGGCGCGGCUGCGGGGGCCGGGGCGGCAGGCGGGAGGCCGGUGUCGGUGUCGGGGAGCCCCCUGAGCCCAGGGCCUGUGCGCGCGCCCCUGAGCCGCUCGCACACCCUGAGCGGCGGCUGCGGCGGCCGCGCCAGCAAAGUGACGCUGGCGCCGGCAGGGGGCGCUCUUCAACACAGCCGCUCCAUGUCCAUGCCCGUGGCGCACUCGCCCCCGGCCGCCACCAGCCCGGGCAGCCUGUCGUCCAGCAGCGGGCACGGCUCGGGCUCCUACCCGCCACCUCCCGGCCCACACCCGCACCUGCAGCAUCCCCUGCACCCUCAGCGACCCUCCAGCGGCAGCGCCUCGGCUUCGGGCUCCCCCAGCGACCCUGGCUUUAUGUCCCUGGAUGAGUAUGGCUCUAGCCCUGGGGACCUGAGAGCCUUCUGCAGCCACAGGAGCAACACGCCCGAAUCCAUCGCCGAGACUCCCCCGGCCAGGGACGUCAGCGGGGGCGAGCUGUACGGGUACAUGACCAUGGACCGGCCUCUGAGCCACUGUGGCCGCCCCUACCGCAGGGUAUCCGGGGACGGGGCCCAGGACUUGGAUAGAGGGCUGAGAAAGAGGACUUACUCCCUGACCACACCUGCCCGGCAGCGGCCGGUGCCCCAGCCCUCCUCCGCAUCCCUGGAUGAAUACACCUUGAUGCGGGCCACCUUCUCUGGCAGCUCGGGCCGUCUCUGCCCGUCCUGCCCCGUGUCCUCUCCCAAAGUGGCCUACCACCCCUACCCCGAAGACUACGGCGACAUCGAGAUUGGGUCGCACCGGAGCUCCAGCAGUAACCUGGGCACGGAUGACGGCUACAUGCCCAUGACCCCUGGCGUGGCCCUCAUGGGUGGUGGCAGUGGGAGCUGCAAGAGUGACGACUACAUGCCCAUGAGCCCCACCAGCGUGUCGGCCCCGAAGCAGAUCCUGCAGCCACGGGUCACUGCAGCGGCCGUGCCCCCCUCAGGGGCGGCGGUGCCCACGCCCACUUCUGCAGCCAGCAGGGCCUUUCCGGGGAAUGGGGGCAGCAGCUACAAGGCCAGCUCCCCGGCCGAGAGCUCCCCGGAGGACAGCGGGUAUAUGCGCAUGUGGUGCGGCUCCAAGCUGUCCAUGGAGAACGCUGAUGGCAAGCUGCUUUCCAACGGGGACUACCUCAACAUGUCCCCCAGCGACGUGGGUGCCCCGGGCACCCCGCCUGACUUCUUCUCGGCUGCCCUGCACGGCGGCGGGGAGAUGCUCCGGGGCGUCCCCGGCUACUGCUACAGCUCCCUGCCCCGCUCCUACAAGGCCCCCUACACCUGCAACGGGGACAACGACCAGUACGUGCUCAUGAGCUCCCCCGUGGGGCGCAUUCUGGAGGAGGAGAGACUGGAGCCUCCGGCCGGCCCGGGGUCCACAGGGUCCACGCAGCUGGUAGGCGCCUUCGGGGCCGCAGCAGGUGGCGGCGGCCACACCCAGCCACCCCAUCCCUCCGUGCCUUCUCCGGGGAGGCCCAGUGGCGUGGGCAGCGGGCGCCCGGAGGGCUUCCUGAGCCAGCGCUGCCGGGCCGUGCGGCCCACGCGCCUGUCGCUGGAAGGGCUGCAGACGCUGCCCAGCACACACGAGUACCCGCUGCCGCCCGAGCCCAAGAGUCCCGGCGAGUACAUCAACAUUGACUUCGGCGAGGCGGGCGCGCGCCUGUCGCCGCCCGCGCCCCCGCUGCUGGCCUCGGCCGCCUCGUCGUCGUCGCUGCUUUCCGCCAGCAGCCCGGCCUCGUCCCUGGGCUCGGGCACCCCGGGCACGAGCGGCGACAGCCGGCAGCGCUCCCCGCUCUCCGACUAUAUGAACCUCGACUUCAGCUCGCCUAAGUCACCCCAGCCGGGCCCCCAGGGCGGGCAUCCGGUGGGCUCCCUGGAUGCCCUCCUGUCCCCCGAGGCCUCCGCCUACCCGCCGCUGCCCCCGCGCCCUGCGGCCCCCUCCUCGGCCCUGCAGCCGGUGCCCCCGCCACCCCCGCCCGGGGAGCUGUACCGCCUGCCUCCAGCACCCACCCCCCAGGGCCCCAGCGCUGCCUCCGCUUCGUCCUCGGAGACGGCGGAGAACGGUGACUACACCGAGAUGGCCUUCGGCGUGGCUGCCACCCCGCCGCAACCCAUCGCGGCGCCCCCGAAGCCCGAAGGCGCCCGCGUGACCAGCCCGGUGUCCGGCCUGAAGAGGCUGAGUCUCAUGGAUCAGGUGUCCGGGGUCGAGGCCUUUCUGCAGGCCAGCCAGCCCCCCGACCCGCACCGGGGGGCCAAGGUCAUCCGCGCGGACCCGCAGGGGGGCCGCCGCCGCCACAGCUCCGAGACCUUCUCGUCGACCACCACUGUGACACCCGUGUCCCCGUCCUUCGCCCACAACCCCAAGCGCCACAACUCGGCCUCUGUGGAAAACGUCUCUCUCAGGAAAAGCAGCGAAGGGGGCAGCGGCGGCGCCCUGGGUGGGGGCGACGAGCCCCCCACGUCGCCGCGCCAGUUGCAGCCACCGCUCCCCCACCAGGCACGGCCGUGGACCUCGGGUCAGCCGGGGGGGGCCUUGGUCGGCUGCCCGGGGGGCAGCGGCUCGCCCAUGCGCCGGGAGACCUCCGCCGGCUUCCAGAACGGCCUCAACUACAUCGCCAUCGACGUGAGGGACGAGCCCGGGCUGUCGCCAGCCCCGCCGCAGCAUCCGCACCCGCAGGCGGGAGACAAGAGCGCCUGGGGCCGGACCCGUAGCCUCGGGGGUCUCAUCAGCGCCGUGGGGGGCGGCAGCACCGGCGGGGUGUGCGGGGGGCCCGGCCCCGGCACCCUGUCCUCCGCCAACACCUACGCCAGCAUCGACUUCCUGACUCAUCACCUGAAAGAGGCCACGGCUGUGAAAGAGUGAAGAUCGAUCUGACUUUAUCGCCAGGACGUCCGGCAUCAGAGAAAAAUGUUAAAAUAAGACACUCAGCAUUUUUUUUUUUUCAAAUCCGAAGCUGCUUACAGUUUUCUUUUGGAUCUGAGCAGUUACUGCGCUUGGAAGCAUCUGUGACAAUUAGCCGUGGAAGCACCUGCCUCUCUCCCACGCUCCCGUGGGGGGCAUUCAUCCUCGUGCUGUUUGUGUUGUGCUUUCUUUUGUUUUUCGACAAAAUUAGCGGAAGGAGUGAUUCACAGGAAAAUUGGGUGUUUUCAUUGGCCUUCUCGGUUGCGGCCAGUGUCGUCAUUUCUUCUGACUUGGAUUCUGGCAAAGCAGAGUUAUCCCUCAGCAUGCUAGGAAAUUCUCCCGAUUCGCAUUCAAGUGGUAAAAUCUGGUAUUUAUUGGCAUCUGCUCCAAACUACCACAGUCCUACCUCAGUGCCAGGUGAAGCCUGAAGCCGGAUCGGCGUGGGGGCCGGCAGGACCUCGGGGUACCUCUGCCGACUGGGUUUCUGGUGUGGUCAUCAGCCUUAUCUGACAGGCCUCGUGCGCUGCUGCUUGUCGGAGCCCGGCCUCGGUACCUGCGUGUUUACUCAGACAGAGCCCAGUGUGGGACUGACGUUGCUCAACAGAGAUGAAAUUUGAGAUGGGACUUUGAAGAUGGGUGAAUAAAUAAUAAUUAUUAUAUGUAACUGAAGCAACCUUCUUUGGAAAAUCAUCAACUGUAUUGGGGGGGCGGGGGAGGGGGCGGGGCCUGGGAAGGGGUGAAUAGCUCUUUUUACCUUUAACAGACCUGUUUCAUCUUCUCUCGGUAGAUGUUUCUGUAGGUACUUCCGAUUGCAAAAGCCUUUGAUCCUAUUGACAAGCUCAAAUGUCUUUGCUACCCUUAAUUUUGAGCUUGCAUUUCUCUAACCAAAAAUUCUCACAGGCAUGCGAGCGGUUCAAGGAUGGUCAAGGGUUUGGCAGAUUUUUUUUUUAACACAUUGGGUCCUCUUUACUCUGACGCCAUUGUAUUGGCCGGUGAGGCUGCCCUGAACGACAACAGCAACCAAAAAAAAAAAAAAAGGAAAAGAAAGAAACUGAUCAAAGAGGCAUCCUGGCCCCCUGUGUUAUUCAUAGACAAGAAGAAAAACAAUCUCACGGUACAUGUCACUUGUCAAAAAAAAAUUCCCGACAAGGCUACCCUGGUUUUAUGUGUUUUCAGUGUUCUGAAAAUAGCAGUGUUGUGUAAUUAUUGCAGGUGUCACCGCAAACUGCUGACCUUGACCAGCAGAAUGUCACACCAUCUCUGCUCCCUUGACACGUGGGGGGGCUCCAGUGCCUCUUCUCAGAGUCUUACGGAGGUAUUAUUACACAGAUUCAUUGGAGAUAUGAGUUGGGCUUUUUGGUUUUUUGUUUUUUGGAGAGAAAAAUAUAGAUAAAUAUAUAGAUAUAUAUCACUAUAGAAGAAUGCAUUAAUAAAAUGAGGCUUUUCUAGAGGAAGACCAAAAAAAAAAAAUUCAAUGUCUUAAAAAUCUAUUUAAUCGCAAUGCAAACGUCUUCCUCCUUCCGUGGUGAACUUUUAGAACAGGGGAUUGUAUCGCAAGACAAAGUUGAAUGUAAAGUGAUUUCCCCCCCCCCCGGGACAUUUUUAAAGUUUGACUUUUCUAGAAUCACACAGCACAACAGUGCAUAGACCAUGCCAUGUUAGUUUGAAGGUCAUUUUCAGCGUGUAAUAUAGAGAGACUUUAUUAAAAUGUAUAAAGCUGUCCUAAAGUUUUGGUUUAGUUUGGAGACGGGGGAGGGAUGAUGGCGCCCCGCCCCCAACCGGGUAGCUGGGGUGUGAAUGCGGACCCUGCGGAAGGCAGGGCCGCUUCCUCUUUAAGUGGCUCCCCUUCCUCAGCGAGGUCCUGCCUCCAUCCCCAGGGGUCGUGGUCCUCCUGCAACUUUAAAACAAGCGAAAUACAAAGUUGGUAAUAGACUCAAUUUUCUUCUAUCCUGUACAUUUCAAAAAAAAAAAAAGGCAUAUGCAAUAUUUACAUUCUUAAUUUAGUUUACAGAAUGAAACCAAAAUGUAUAAAUGUUUCGUUUGUGAGAACUUCACAAUGUAUAUUGGGUCUUUGUACAUUUUGCCUGACUUACCUUAAAUUUAAAAUAUUUUUUGCUAUAUAAACUUUAACAGUUAUUAAACAGUGUUUUCUUUUUCGGUACGUAUGGUUUCUGGAGAUGGAGAUGCGAAGUAUAUUUCUGGCUCUUGGGACAUGACAGGACAUGGACUUCCUUUGCUGUCUUCCACUGUCUUGGCUGUACAUACGGGCCAGUACGGCCCUGCUGGAGAGGAGACUCACAGUGAGAGUCGUGCGUUGUAUUUAGUCUGUAUUCACCAUGCUCUUCUUAAUAGCCAUAUGCAACACAAUAAAAUACAUUAUUUAUGAAAUGAA